AUGCCUCAAAAUUGCUGUGUUCCUGAAUGCAAAAAGAAAGUUUAUGUAGAAGAUGGGGAAAAGAUUUCUUACUUUAAGUUUCCUGACCAAGUUAAGGAAAGAGAUAUGUUCAUGAAAUGGAUAGCCGCCAUACGAAGAGAUGUCGGCGAACAUUUUAAAGUGACCGAGCACACGAAAGUUUGCUCGAGGCAUUUUAAGCCGGGAGAUAUUGUCAAAGCAAUUGCAGGUCGUAAGCGUACUUUACUAGCUACUGCAGUGCCGUCUCGAUUUCCUUGGAAAAAGGGAUCCCCGGUAAAACGUAAGGCACCGAAGAGAAGAAGCCCAAUUAAGAGAAAAAGCGCAGCAAAAACCACAACCACGAACGCUGAAGAUGUUUCCACGUGCGAUGUCAGCAUUACAGCACAGAAAAAGGGAUCCCCGGUAAAACGUAAGGCACCGACGAGAAGAAGCCCAAUUAAGAGAAAAAGCGCAGCAAAAACCACAACCACGAACGCUGAAGAUGUUUCCACGUGCGAUGUCAGCAUUACAGCACAGAAAUCCGAAUGUCAGGUUCUUACAUCAACCAGCACAUAUUCCGAGCCUUGUAUAGACGACCAAGAAUUACAAGAUAUAAGCCGCGACCUUAAAGUGGAAAACGAACGGCUGGUUCAAGAACUCUGUAAAGUAAAGGUUCGACAAGAAAAUUUAGAAUCGGAAGUUGAAGAAUUGACACGCCGGAACAGUGUUUUACAGGCAAGGGUAUUUCAUGUAGACCGGUUUGAUUCUGAUAAAGAUGUGGCUUUCUAUACAGGAUUUCCAAACAGAAGUGUAUUUGAAAGUGUUUUUGCAUUCCUGGACCCUGGAAGGAAUGGGGAGAACAUAAUUUACUGGCAUUCACAAUCCGAUGAGUCAGACACAGUGAAUAACAGGUAUGAUGAGGAUGCCCCCAAACAGGGCAGACCUAGACAUUUAACUCCGAAGGAUGAAUAUUUUUUAACCCUUUGCAGACUGAGGCAAGGAUUUAAAGAAGAUCAUUUGGCCCAUUUGUAUGGAAUUUCACAGACAACUGUCAGUAGAGUAAUAAUUUCAUGGAUAAAUUUUAUGUAUUUAAAAUUUAGCACAAUUCCAGUGUGGCCAUCAAGGGUUCAAAUUGACAAACACAUGCCAGCUGAUUUUAAAGAGAGAUAUCCAUCAACCAGAGUAAUUAUUGACUGCACUGAGAUCCGCUGUCAGAUGCCCAAGAGCAUGCGCCUGAACAGUGAACUUUUUAGUUCAUAUAAAAACCACACAACACUUAAGAGUUUGGUCGGCAUAUCACCUGGAGGUGCUCUAACUUUUGUUAGCCAGCUCUACACUGGCCACCUCUCUGAUAGAGAGAUAGUAACAAGAUCUGGAUUUUUAAAGCUACCAUUCAACCGAGGAGAUGCUGUCAUGGCAGAUAAGGGAUUUACAGUAGAGGAUCUGUUGCCCCUUGGAGUUUCCCUGAAUAUACCGCCCUUUCUAGGAAGUAAGGGGCAAAUGAGCCCUGAGGAAGUGGUAGAGACACAAUCGAUUGCUGCCCUUCGCAUUCAUGUGGAAAGGGCAAUAAACAAAAUUAAAAAUUUUCACAUAUGGGACAGUGUGGUUCCAUUCACCAACUUUACGGUUGUAAAUCAAAUGUGGGCAGUGUGUGCUAUGCUCUGUAAUUUCCAAAACAGUAUUAUUAGUGAAUAG